GUUACUAUUACUAUAAGAUUUAGAUUAAGCUAAUCUAAUCUGGUUUUUCUCGCUUCUUUUCUAUGUCUGUAAUUUAAUUCCAUUUCCAUGGAAGAAGCGAAAAAGCUCUCAAACUGACAAAACCAUUUCCAAAAAAAAAAAAAAACGACGAUCUCACGUUUUAUCUUCUUCUGAGAUAGAUCCAUGCUAAGUAUAGAAGUUUUCUCAGAUCUCAUAUGCUUUUCAGAGCUCAGAAAUAUUAGUUAAAAAUGGAGGUUUUGGAGCUCUAGCCCCCCAAAAAAAGGUCUUUUUUCUUUUCAGGCUUUUCCCAUCUGCCCAGGUCAAUGUUGCCUCAUCCUCGUAAAAUAACGUUUAAAUUUACAAUGACGGAGAACAACUUCCACGAUUCGAGUUUCUUAAGUCAGGGAGACAACACUUCUCAGGAUUUUAUAGACGUUUCUUCAUCGUCGUCAUCUUCAGAUGACGAGUCUUCCGAGGACGAAAAUAACCAAUCAGGUGAUGCCUCUAAGCAGCUGGUGCUUUAUGAUCCUGCAGCUAAUGGUACACUCGUGCCUGCCCCUGAACCCGCUACUCCAUUCCAACAACAUCCGAGACGUCAAGGAUUUCCCAUCUCAAAUCAGCAAUCACCCCGAGUUUUGCCAUCUGUUGGAGCUUUUACGGUUCAGUGCGCAAAUUGUUUCAAAUGGAGGCUCAUCCCAACAAAGGAGAAGUACGAAGAGAUACGUGAGCACAUUCUGGAGCAGCCCUUUUACUGCGAGACAGCUCGUGAGUGGCGGCCGGAUAUCUCAUGUGAUGACCCGGCUGACAUUUCUCAAGAUGGCAGCAGGCUGUGGGCGAUUGAUAAGCCUAAUAUUGCGCAGCCCCCUCCUGGAUGGCAACGGCUGCUGAGGAUUAGAGGUGAAGGAAGCACCAAGUUUGCAGAUGUGUAUUAUGUUGCACCAUCAGGCAAGAGACUUCGCUCAAUGGUAGAGGUCCAAAAGUAUUUAUUGGAACAUCCUGAGUAUGUAUCAAACGGGGUGACCAUGUCGCAAUUUUCGUUCCAAAUCCCAAAGCCCUUGCAGGAAAAUUAUGUGAGAAAGCGCCCUGCUCGUUUGCUGGCAUCUUGCAAUGGCAAUGAACGUCUUGAACCUGAUUUGGUGCGUCCCUUAGCAUGGGCUGGACCAGAUGAAUCUCCUGACUUGCAGCUUGGCAUGCCACGCCUUCCUCCUCCCUGCGUCCCAGAUCCCAUCAACCGACCUGCAAAGAAGCGAGCAAAAAAAAGUCCGCCAAAGGAAAUGUAUAGCAGUGAUCCAAGAGCCAGCAUUGACUCAAGCUAAAAGGCUGUGGUCAAUCUUGAAAUGGGACUUUGAAUGAAGGGAAUGAUAGUCCAGUCCAGAAUCCAGAUAUUCUUUUGUUUAUUGAAUGUCAUUUUUGUAUCUGGUCCUUUUACCUUCGCACAGAAUUAUAUAUGCCAGAGAGCCCAGACGACAGAUGGGUGGUUUUGUUCUUGUAAAAAUCAAUAUAUAUGUACUUUCAGGGGAAAGAUAGAUCUAGAAAUUUAACUUUUUUGUGAAACACAACAGCAGGAACAGCUUAUCGAAAGUUUUAUGCAUAUUAUCAUCAACUCAGAUCAAGAAUGAUAGUAUCUGCAAAAUUUCUGCUGCUAUUACUGUAAAUAUCCACACCAUACUGAUGUAUUAUUUUUA